AUGGAAUAUUCGCAUCUAUAUCAAAAAAUUUUAAGCAAUUUAAAUAAUAAUAAUAAACUCAAUUGUAUAUUUUGUAAGGAUGAAGUUUUUCAAGUUGAGUGGCCUGGUCAUUUAACUCUUUGUUGCCAAUUAACCAUUGAAUAUAUCAAGAUUAUCAAUAGCCCAACUCAAACAAUCAAUAAUAUCAAUGAUGAUAAUAAAAAACUAAAAAUUGAAAAAAUUGAAAAUAAUUAUAAACAAAACUUAAUUUCAAAUUGCACCUUAUGCACAGAGCCAAUAAGACUACAUAAUUACAUUCACCAUACCAAUGAAUGUAUUUCAUUUAUAAAAAAUAAUUUUCGUCAAUAUUUAAUUGAUCAAAUUGAAUAUGCAAAUAUUGAUAAUAAUAGUAAUACACUUAAUGAGACUAUAAAUAAUAAUUUUAUUAAAAACACUACUACCACCACCACAACUACUGCUACAACAAGUAAUAAUAGAUUUAAUAAUAACAAUAGUAAUAAUAAUAAUAUUAAUAAUAAUAAUGAUAAUAAUAAUAAAGAACAAAAAAAAGAAUCCAGAUGUAGAGAACUUUUGGUUAAAAAAGAAAAAGAACCAACAUCAGAAGUUAAAAAAUCAAAUAUUGAUAAAAAUAAAAAUAAAAAAGAACAAGAGUGUAUAAAAAUAAAGGAAUUAAAUGAUAAUAGAAAAAUGAAUUUUGGACAUACUAAAAGCCAAGUAAACCUACAGAGAGUUGAGAUUUGUAUAUUUUUUAAUAGAUGCAGUGAUGAAUGUGGUAAACCAAUAAGAGGCAAAAAUAAAAAAUUGGAUUUAUUUUCAUUUGUAAUUGGUAUUGGUAACGAGAUAUUAAAGAUUUGUAGAUUUUCUCAUUUCCAUAGUAAAGAUUUCUAUAGACUUUUCUAUAAAGACUAUUAUGAUAAAUCAAUUGAUAUUCCAAAUGAAAUUAUUGAUGAAAAGUGUAUUGGAAUUCAUUGUACGGGUGAUACUAAAAAUUUUAAUUGUACCAAACAUAUUUAUUUUAGCCGUAAUUCAAUAUCUCAAAUCAAAUUUUAUUUUUGUUCAAUUUAUUGCUUAAUGGACACAAUCAAAUCUUAUGACCUAGAACAUUUGGAAAAUUUUAAAAAAAUUAUGGAUGAUUAA